AUUCGUUCAUGUCGUGCAGGAGCAGAGUCAGCAGAUCAUGAGCGACCAUGGCCGCCAUUCCUUGUAACAUUUUAGGCAGAUUUGACCUUUCUCCUGAACGAUAGAGCAGGUUAAGUUGUUUUGUCAACGCUGCUCCUUGGCACAGGGGAAUUCAGAGCUGGAUAUUAGCAACAGGCAUGAUUGCUCCGCAGAGGAAAGGGUGUUGCCUUCUUGUUUGAUUGCCGCAUAGGAGCAGUGUUGGUUUCAACACUGAGUAGUUGAGCGCACGAACCGAGAUGCCAGUAAGUAAAUGUCAUCGGGCUGUCAAUUGCAAGGCAAGCAAUUGGUGGUGGUUUGUGCCCGUUCGUGUCUGAACAAAGUUGUAACUCAGGUCUUCAAUACUUGUGAGGGAGGCUUUUGUGUUCUUCUUCGUACCUCUAAACUUAUAGCCACUUGACCAAGGUCUCUACGUACCCAGCUUAAACAGCAGCGAUCCUUUCUUAUAUACCGCUCCGAUGGAUCUUAGUUGAUCGCUCAGCCAGCAACUACAAGCAACUCCGUAGCUUCCUCAUUUCACCAACUCGGUACCACUAUCAAUUGAGUUGACUGCCAAAGAGUCGGCAAAUUCCCUAGAAUUCUCAUCAUUAGCUCACGCUGUACUAGGAGGAAAGCUAACAGUAAAAACCCAAAUUCAAAGAUCUACCUGCUCCGCACCUGACGUGCCCUCGACCCCCUUACCAGCCCAGUAUUAUAUCUGGAGCAUACUGUACCAACCUAGAGACCGAUAGAAUCACCAGCCCUGCCUAGAAACCACUCCAGCAUGACAGCACAAGCCUCCCCCCAAAACCGCAGCCCUAGCCUCUGGCAAAAGUGGCUCGACUUUGCCUGGGGCGGCAGACACCCCUCCGACCUAAGCCUCUCUGCAAAGCUCAUUCAACAGCUCAACCUUCCACCCGACGUCGCUGCUCGCGUCCUCGCUUUCCGAGACAGCCGCAGCGGGCCGACCAUUUAUGUUCUGGGGGGGUUCAAUCUGUCAGAGCGGAGCGCGAGCGAUGUGGAACAGCUGAUAGGGGCGGCAAACCCGAAGGCGGUGGUGGCAAAUGUUGGGAUCCUGCCAGAGUUCCAGGCGGCGAGGGCAUGUGCGGAACUAGGCCCUAGGGAAGGCGUUCCCACCUCCGCUUUCGAAGUCCUCCAACGAUGCGUCACCGGCGCCGCCAGCUUGGACGAGUUUCAAACCCAAGCCGCUGACCAAUUCCUCCACUCCCUUUUCGGCUCCAACCUUUUCCGCCACAUAAGCGCCGCCGAAGAAGCCGCCAACCGCCAAAACGCCGGAGUCACUUUCUUCUCUUGGCCCCCAAUCAGCCUGGGGGGGCAAUCCGAAGAGGAAGAGAACCCCCCCGAGAAGGGGAAGGCGAGUUGGGGGGAACAGCUCAGCCGCGCGUUGCAUAAGCGCUUCACCCCCCACGGCACAUCCAGCGCCGCUCUGCGUUUCCAGGCUGUUACUCACGCCACGGACGACGCCGUCCGCUCUUUAGCGGUCCGAGCGUCCAAACUCCCCCCUCCCCAAACGGCCCCCAGAAACGACCCCCCUGAAGUCGAUUUCGAGGAUCAGGUCGCGGAGGCCCCCCCCGAGGAACACCCCUGGUUUCUCCCCCCCGCUAUCGAAACGCUCAUGACGGCGCUGCCGAAUGUUCCCGGCGUUUGGGAGUGGGGGGACUGGCCUCUCUCGCACGCGCGCGCGGUGAUGCGACACGUGGCGGGGGGCGAGCCAAUCGCAGAGGAACAGCUGGCAAACGCGACGGUGCUGCGAGUGGGGGUGGAAAACCUGCGGCAGGGGUACUGCGAGGUGGCGCGGAGCGCGGCGUUCCAGCCCUCAGGUAAAUCGGCCCCCAGUCUGGAUCCUUCGCCGGACAACCUUCACGCACAAACGCUCAUCCACACGCUCAAGCAGCAAGCGGCGCUGACGUCAGGUGACGUCGUCGCCCUGGUUCCCGUGGAUCAGCUCCCUUGGAUCCGGAAGCUGUGGGCAUCGGACGGUCCGAAGGAGGUGGCGCUGUGGUCCGAGGAAUGUGUCCGAACGCCGCAGGAUCUGCGGCGGAGCAUCGACGAACUUGCGUCCGCGGAAGACGCCGAGCGGCGCGCCAAAGAGAAAGACACCUGGAUGGCGGUGAUCGUGGCUGGGCUCGGGAUUGCUGGGGGGGCGACCUACGCUCAGGGCGGCACCCUAGCGAAGGUCGCCUCGGCGGUGCCCAAAACGGUUCACCUGGUCAAAGCGGGCGCUGCGCUGCUGAAGCGGAACGCGGGCGUGGCGGUGGCGAAAGCCGUUGUUCCGCAGGUGGGUGCGGCGCAAGCGGGCCUCGCCGCGAAAGCGAUGGCGCCGAAGACGGCGGCCGCGGCGGCGAAAGCGGCGGUCGUGACGAAAGCGAAAGCGGCCGCGGCCGCGGAGCAGAUGCGAAUGGUCGCGCACGGGGUAGUCAACCAGUUGCAAGCAAUUGCGCUGCGGGCGGUGCGCGUGACGGGAUACAACGUGAUGCAGCGGUCCAACUUUCGGCGGCCGGGGCCGUGGCUUCUGCUCGGGGGGAGUGCAGCGUCUGCGCUGCUGGCGUAUGCCUACAGUAAGGAGCUGGAGACUGCGGUGGCGGUUCUCCCCCACGCCGCCCAAGUGGCGCGCCUGGGGCGCGGCUGCCAGAAUUUGAAGGAGGCGACCGAGAAACUAGAGGAGCGCAAAAUGUGGCCCGGCUUCUAUAGGGUUUUGACCGGCGCCAACGACCGGGGCCACUUACCGGUGACAGCGCUUCCAGGACUUGAAAAGUCGUGACUAUCGAGCCCUUGUACUUGUAUCGAAACCAGGUCGGAUGUGAAAUAAUGCAGUGAUGUGGCCUGGCUAAUACCGGCUUCUGACUAGUGCCAACAAGUUAUAAGGCCAACACUCAUAUUGUGGCUCGAGUACUUACGGGUGCUAACGGUACCUGACAGGGGCCGGUGACGGGUCUCUCCUCUGAUGCGGAAGGGUUUUGCACCUGAUGAGGUGUGGCCGGCGCAAGGAACAGUGAUGAGUCGGAGCAGACCGGUCUCCUCUCAGUCCAUGUGGAAGAGCAAGGAGAAUGAAGGAACCAAGCGUCUGCUCGGUCUCGCCUAUUGUUUGCGAUCACCAGCAGACUGCGAACAGGCGCCGCGAGCAGACUACGUGUUGGCGGGCGGAGUAGGGCUGUUGAACUGUUGGAGAGCUUUGCGAGAGUGACACUAUUCAAUGAGCUGGGCAGCUCGCAUCCGGCACAGGUCGUAGCGUCACCCCCGUAGGCUGCUUCGCGUUUGUAGCAUUUGACAGGAAGAAUGACGGUUACUCGGGAACGAGGCCAGGCCCAGUACGUGGGAAUCUCUUAUCAAUCUCUUGUCCCC